ACACCUAAAAGGACAGAACAGAGACAGAAGAAGAAGGACGAGCUCCUGGGGACUAGAUUGAUCCUCAACCUCCAAUCUAACGAUUACCCGGGAGCUUUCUAGUCAAACAUCUAAUGACAAUUAAACCUCCCUUUCACUUCUGACCACGCGCGACGUUCGUUUCGCGUAGGCAUCAGACGAUAUUCCCUUGCGCCAAGGAACCGCUACAGCGCGCGACCGGAGAACUGUAGCUAGUCAGCCAGUCAUCGCCUCCAACUAUUGCUAUAUUCCUUCGGAUUCAGUCGCCGCGAUUACUCACUUACAUCCCCGAACGCAUUCCGGAAUGGCACCUGAAGAAAUUCUGCAUCGGUUUAAAAAGGUCGAAGAGAUAGUUGUCCGAUGUAGUUCUAGGUUGUCAAUUGCCAAAUCUCCGGCUGAAAUAUACGAAGAGAGGACGGCAGAUAUCCGAGGGCGCAUCACCCAGUCAUGGACAAGCUUGGAUUUAGCUCCGGCUUCAGAGAAAUCAAGACUCCGAGACGAUAUCGUGGAGUUAGGUGGUCAGUUAAAAGAGCUGGACAUCAACUAUGAGGCCGGCGCACAGGAUGAGGAGAAGGCAUAUAACCAGGCGUUACAAGAGACCGUAGACACGCUCUGCUACGAACUACUAGAGAUUAUUGGACCUACCAAGAUAGAGUCAUAUUUACACAGCACCUCGGGCGAGGAUUCUGCGCGGCAAGACUCCAACAAUGUGGCUUUUACUUGUCAGCCACACGAUACCACACUCCAAGGGAUCGUCGCCAGAGAAGUGUACGUUUCUAAAGGAAUGCCCGAGGACAGGUACUUGAGUUCGACGACAACUCCCGCAGGCAACAAACGAAAGAGAACAUCGCCAGAAUCCAUAGGAAGGAAGCGUCGUCAAGCCGACAAAGGUGACCAUCGUACCGACUUUGACAGUUCUAUUAUCUCUUCUACAGUUACAAGGUCUUCGCAAAGACGAACACGGCAUAGACACAGGAGAUAUGGCGAUAACAGGUCAACUAAUGGCGAAGACUUUGAGGGUAUCACGAACCCGGAUGCCGGCAGCGUCUAUCUUGCAUUUUGGGGAAAGUCCAAAGACUGGUUAGCUGUGCUCCUGCUUCCGAUGCAGAAUCUUCCAAGUGUCGGCAUUUCGGGCUCGAUAGAAAGUCUCGGCCUAGCAGAGGUCCUCCCUAAGUGCUACUGCAACGAGCAAGGUAACUUUUCCUGGGCGGAGGGAUAUAACGAUGGCGAAUCUCUAGUCACGGAGCGUGAGUUCCCCGUGAUGUACUUUGAUGGUCAAAACUUUCCCGCCAAAAGCGCCGUCGGCUGGGUUUCUGCAAGAGAUUUGAGACAUUUCGACGCGAACAAUAAGAACUCGCUUGUUCCUCACAUACAAUCGGUUCGCAAAUUUCUCAAAACUCGGGCAGAAAAACGUUCGCCAGAACAGGGAGUGGACGGGUCAAAGUCUGAAGCACCUGACGCGACAGAACGGUCAUCAACAGUGGCCAACAACAACCCACUUACGCCUCUGAAAGUUCCUCGUCAGCUUCACAAAACUCAGAUGCCGGUUCCUGACCAGGAUCAAGAGGAAUCCAGCCCUUUGCCCGCAACUCAACCACUUUCACCUUCAGACCACAUCACCCCGCAUGGCUCCCCCACUCAGCGACAACCAUUAUCCGAUCUUCGAAGCGAAGAGGAACAACAGCAUCGACUGGAUCUAGGAGCCGUCGCGAUAGUUUGUCAUGAGCUGAGACGACAGCUUGAUGAGCCUUGUAAUCUCUCUGAGCCCGCAAGCACUACCGCACUUUCGAAUGCGACACAAGAAAUUCGCCACGAUGCCGACUUAGUAGUAAUACAUUGCAACGAAAGAGCAAAUGGGACCGCUACCCCGGGGGAAAACAUGAGAGCUGGGUUAUUUGGAUCAUCUGGUUCAGAGCAAGCUCUUGGCGACGCUGUAUGCCCACCGCAUCCGCCACCAAGAGAGUCAUUUCCUGUCGAACCGAUGACAGAACCAAUCAAAACGCCGGAAUUCCACGCAACAGACACUUCCCUAUCAAGUCCAUCCCUCCUAAACACUUCAUCAGCAGCCCCAACGCAACCAGCCCCACUCUGCGUUCCGCAGCAACAUGCCCAACUUGAGAUGGGUGGUCCUCACAGUAACCGACCCACCAUCACUGCUACAUGUCCGACAACAGAGGAGGGGCAACAAGCACACCAAGCUCCAAAUGUGGUUAAGAGCAGCAAUGAGACAUCAGACGUCGUUGUCGGCAUGCCACACCUGCGCCCUGUGCCGUGUGAUGCGGGUCAUCCAUAUAUAAGUCACACAGGAGCUCUGUAUAACUUCGAAGCCUCCAAAUCUGUGCUUGUGUUGCCACCGAUCAGCUCUAUGCUUGAGCAGGGAGUAAACAGCCAUCUAUCACAGGAGCCCUUCAAUCAGGCGCCACCUCUAACCGAUCAGCCAUCAUCUUUUCCAGCUCCACCGGUCCGGGUAACCACCAGUGCACCAUCGUCGUCAUUACCACCACCAUUACUACGAACUCAACCAUUGUCGACCAAACUUACCACUCAAUCGUCAGCUAUUCAAGCAUCGUCCAGCCAAGGACCAACUACACAACAUGCGCCUGCUCUUCCCCCUCAGGGCCAGAGCUACGACUCGUUCCAUAUUCGAGCAGCGUCUUCGAGCACAACACCUGAUCAGCAUCGCUUGACCAGUUCUGCAGGACCGACAUCUGACUCGCAUGACGGAUGUAAUACACAGGCUUCCUGCGGGCUCGACGUGACUCUCCCAAAGGGUAAUUGGUACAAAAAACUUCCUCGGGAUCUGACCGAGUAUCUAGAAAAGUAUCAGCAGGAUCACAACCUUAGCCUUGGGAUCAAUGGUCUGCGAAUACAAUCGGGUCAUUACACAUGUCCUUUCUGUAGCCAGCCAAAGAGGAAGCAUUACGUACGCCCUGCCUCUUUCUCGAGCCACUUAGCACGCCACUGGGCUUCUCUCAUGGAGAAGCAGUGAGGAUAUUGUCGAUGUUUCGUAUUGAUUUCAGUUGCGGGGUUAUAGCAUUGUGUUUCUCAUUGACAAAAGAUCGGUGACGGAUGCGGAAUGGUGACUAUAGGGGUUCUUUUUCUUGAUUCAAGCGUGUUACAGUUGUCACAUAAUAGAUUUUUAUGAAGGUUGAUCGAGUUAUGCCUCACUUAUCGUUUAUGUAGAUGUGAAAAAAGAG